GCCUGCCUCCUGAGUGAGUGAGACGAGCUGGGAUCAUGAGCCAGGGUUGUUCCAAGUGGUUUUAAUCAGCAGCCCAUUAGAGGAGAACGGAAAACUUCAAACAGGGUAAGAACCAAGUUGUUCCAGUAACUCCAUGGGAAGGUGUUCCCCAAACCUCUGCUUUUUUGGAACUUGUGACUUCUUGCCUGGCACCAGGAAAACACUCAGCAGCAGAAAUGGGAAAAUUCAUGCUAGUUUUGGGUAAAGUGUGCCUCUGACGUUUUUUACCCUGGCAAGACGUGGCUACUUGGACUGUAUCUGCAAUGUGGCAAAGGGCAAAGUGAGGUUGGCAAAGAGGCCAUGGUGUGUGGGCAAGUCCCCAGAUGCCGCAGGCUUUGUCGCCCUCGUCCCUUCCUUCUGGCCCUAGUGGUGGCCCUCUGUCUGUUCUGCCAGACCCUGACUCCUCUCAUGACCAGCAGCAUCCUUUCAGCAGUUGUUAAUGGGAUUGCACCCAACAAACUGACUAAAACACAGCAAGGAAGAUACAAGGAGGUCUCCCCAAGCACCAUUCACUGCUUCCUCCCUGGCAGCAAUUCAGAGACAGUGAAAAAGAUCGAUGCCUCCAUUCUCCAGUACUUUGGAAGCCACACGAGAAGAGCAGUUCUCUAUGCACCUCCUGCUCACCACGAAACUGACCGUCAGCUCUGUCAGCGAAUCCUGGCAAAACAUGGAUAUACAGUCACAGUCCUUGAAAACAGGGGACUUGUGGAAGAUCUGAGGCAUGAGGGCCCUUACAGUGCUAUGAACCCUUGGGAUCUUUUCAUCUGCUUAUCUUCCAGAAAAAAUGGUGGCACUGGCUGCUUUCAAACAGAAGAUUUGCAUAAUCUAGAGCUUUUCCAGAAGGUAAACCUACUUCCAGAAAUCCAGCAUUUUCUUUGCAGAAAAGAGGGAUUAUGCCAGAUAACUAAAGCCUUUUCAGACCUGCAGCUCCCACUUGUGACCCCAGACUGUUCUGGCCAGCCUGGACUGUCAAGGGCCAGCACCACAGGAAAUGUGUCCCAGGGCAGCACAAUCACUGAGCAGGCACAUGCCUCCCAUCUGCAGCACUGGUGGAAGCAGAGCAUGAGCACAAAGCUGAAUCAAGUAUCAACAUCAGACCACAAGGAUGUCCUUAAAUCUCAAGACUUUUCUGUAAUCAUCAAAGCGUAUGUGCUUGUGACAUCCUUAACACCUCUGCGGGCAUUCAUUCAUUCAACCACCACUGUCUGGCAUCCACCCAAGAAGAAGCAUUUUACCAUAAAGCUGCAAAGGUUUUUUGAGAUAUUCUUCAGGAACAGUUCUCCCCAACAAGCCUUCAACAACAUGAAGGAGGCUAUAAACAAACUUCUACUUAUAACUGAGGUCUUCAGCAAAUCAUCUACCUCAAGACCAAAUUCUUUCAAUCAAUGCAGCCAAUGUUUUCAAAUGCUAACCUUUGACAUUGGAUUCAGCAUGUCCAUACACCCAGUAGUCCUUAAGGUGCAUGAAAACUUUGACUUCCAAGUUGAGGAUGAAUCAACUACUCAGGACCAAAUUUCCAAAGAACUUAUUUUUGAAGAUACAUUUAAAUUUCUCUUAUCUAAUGAAUCCUCAACUUCCAGUUUCAUAGAAGCUUUGCAAAAAAUAUAUGAGUCAUCUGUGAGCAAGGAUGGAACAUACAACAGAGAAGAUGAGCAAUGUUUCUCUUUGGAAGAGAUAAAUUCAGUGACUACUUUCAUAAAGGAGCUGAAGAGUCUUGGACAAUUUGAGCUGCUUUUCCCUUCUUCUACACCCAAGAUCCAAAUGUUGCUGCGUGACCUUUAUCGAAUGGUAGACCCAAUGAGGCGGCUUAGUUCAGUCCUGACUGUGCAUUGGUUGCUUUCUAGUGUCCUUCAACAGUUCCAGUUCAUGAAUAAAGAGGCACAUAAAAAUCUUUCAGACUGGCAACUUCCUCAAGAAAAUACGACUCCUAAGCAGAAUGUUCCUUCUGACUUCAGGAAGAAUCAUGAAGCAUUGCAUUAUUCCAGUAAAACUGGAGAAAGACAAUGCAGUUAUGAUAAAGAUACCCUCUCUCAUAUCAGACAGAUCUUCAGCAGUCCACAGCUGGACUUGAAUCCUCAGUUUAACCCAAAGAUCAGAGAAUACUAUGCAGAAGUGCCAUUUGACAUGGUCACAGUGAAGAUAGGAGCAGAGCCCUCUAACUGUCAAUGCCAUGUACAUCUCGACAACAAGAAAGGGCCAAGCAUUGCUAACUACCCCCUUGGCCUUGGAUUGAACAAAGUCAUCAUUCUCUUAACGGAUGAUUCGCAGCCCAGCCCUGAGAUUGUGAGCAGCUACAGAAUCACAAUUUAUCGAGAAGACCGCCCUAGCCUCCCUUUGUUUGAUGACUAUAUGAUGUGUGGGUUUGUGCAGGACUGUGGUUCCAAAAUUCGCCCAGAGGAGUCCUGUGGCUUGCAGCCUCUCUCUCAUGAAUACCUCUCAGCAAUUUCACAGACAGUGUUUAAGACCUGUGAAGCUGGAGACACAAAAGGGCAAUGGAUUGUCCCUUGCCUCAGCUGUUCUGACAACAGGACCUGCGACUGGAGAGCAAUAACGUGGCAGCCCCACGGCUGCCGAUACUCUGUGCUGGCCAAGCCCGAACUCCAGCGCUGCAUGGAGGGCAGAAGGAUUCUUUUUAUAGGUGACUCAACUAACAGAGGGAUGAUGUAUUAUCUAAUUGAAAGAGUGAAUAAGACUCUUCAGGAAUGGCAGAAGACUCAUGAUGUUAAAUUUUAUCGCAAUAUCAAUGAGGGGAAAACAUUUAUCAGUUACUCCUACUACCCCCAGUUCUGGAUGAAUGCAAACCAGAGACCAACUUUUGAAAAAGCACUGGAACAGCUGCUGCAGAGAUCACGUCCCCUGGAGAACACAGACCAGACCGUAUUAAUUGUAGGUGGUGUUCAGUGGCUUAAUUCCAAUCACCUGCAAAUUAUCCAAAAGGUGUUGAAUAGGGAAAAUCUAUCAAAUAUCCUGGUAAUUGUCAAAUCCAUAGGGAUGGGCUUUCAUCUUCCAGUGGAUGGAAUCCAUUCUCUGUCACAGGCAGAAGUGCAAAACUUGUGGAAUGAAAACUUGAUUAUUCUGGAUACAGCAAAAAAUUUGGGCUAUGAAGUGGUUGACACCUUUGUCAUCACCAUGGGACGUUACAAAGAAUUCCUGCAAGGGAAGUGCGGCUGCCAUUUCCAUGAGGUGGUGAAAUCCAAUCCCUCUGAAGAAAGGCCACACAUAACAAUGACGCUAUCAAGGCACUAUAGGCUGGGGAAAUAUUUCAGCAGUCAAAGCAAACCAUCACAACUGCAGGACCAUGCAACAGAUUCUCAGUCCCCGUAUCAUGUCCGAGGUCCAAUAAAUCAAGUUUAUUCUGAAAUCCUUCUCAGCAGGCUCUGUGCAAGUAAGAGGGAGUUUGUCAGCACAUAGCCUCUCUUGGAUGUAGUACCAAGACUAGAGAAGUGCCACUGCCUGAGUGACAGUUGAAGGACCAUGGUGGAUUAAGAUAUGCUUCCUUGACUGACUGAAUACACACAAAGAAAGUUUGGGGAUGUGUUAUUUUUCAAAAAACCUUAUGAAAUUAAGAUAUGCCCUGGUGAGUCUGUUGUGUGAAAGUGGAAGAUGGAGCGUUGCAAAGGAGAGAAGAGGAGAAGUUACUUGAACUGUUGCCAAAGACUAGAACAGCUGUAGUUUAUUGAUGUAAACUACAUUGUAUUAUUGAUAGUAAAAAGAGACCUAUAUAUUCACUUGAACAUUUGGAAAGGGCUGGUUUAGGUCUUCAGCACUAUCUAGUUUUUAUUUAUAGAGACACUGUAAUAUUUGAAUGUAUUUAGAAACUGACUACAUUCCGUUUGAAAGAGUUAUAUUUUAUGUGGACAUGUUUCCCUUCCAUAUUAAACCUUUUCUGUUUAGACACUUGGUUUAUAGAAUCUGAAAACAUCUAUUAGCAUUUUACUGGUGAUGCUGAGUUUUGAACUCUAGUGUUUUUAGUGAAAACACAUCUCUUCUUUGUAUCUUAGAUGGAACAGAUAUCUACUCUAUUUUUUUGCAUGUUCUGAAGCUAAUAGGGAGAUAGAUUACCUAUACUUGAGACUGAUUGAAACUGUCUCAUUGUAACAUGUAAAUAUAGUGAAUUUGUUAACAUUAAUUUAUUUAUGGUCCCAGUUUAGGAAAGUGUCCAUAUGCUGGAAGAAUGCUUAGAUAAGUGCUUCAGUGUCUACCUUGGCCUGUAAGCCAAUCAAGUAUUCUUCCUGCCCAGAAUGCCAUUUCUUUAAUGAUUUUUUAUAAAAUACUUGCCAAUAUGUGAAGCCAGUACCGCAAACAUAACAAAAAUCCCCCUUGCAAGCACACAUGAGAUUUUCAGGAUCUGGUAAUUUAUCACUCAUAAGAAGUGUGUGGUAUGAUGGCAGCAGAAUAUACUGCGAGCAUCUCUUGCUUGGCACAGACAAGACCUUCUCUGAAAGCUAGUUUCAGUUCAGUCCUUCCUUUUUAUUCAUCCAGUCACACAGCAGGCAAACAAGGCACCACUCUACCACCAUGCAUUGGAGAAGGGUUUUUUAACCAGGCUGGUGCAAAUCUUACAAAGGGUCUGCUGAGUUCUGUGUCAUGCUUCCCUGUCACAAUUUUACAUAUAAUCCUCCACUAGCUUCUUCUUUGGGAAAAGAAGCCACAAACAAUGUCAGGGAAUAAACAAAUUAUAGCAAGGAGCUACUCAUCAUCUUAUUUGCCUUAGUAGCACACAGGGGGGCUACCCUGUAUAGAAGUAGUGCUAGUAAUUAAUGACAAAUUUAGUAUUUGCCUAAGAUCCUGUAUCUAUCCACAGUUUGUGUGCCCAGCUGUAGUUUUGUGAAUUUCUGCUUCUUCAGGUAAGAUAUGUAAAGUUAUAAUAGGAAAUUGUCAUGGAAUAUGGAGUUUGGCAUCCUAGGUGAUAGAGAGUAUUCUCCAAAAUAGGAUCUGGCACACCUAAUUUAAAGCACCUUUCACUAUAUUGAAGAAGUUGCUAACUUAGAUAAUGACAAAAUUAGUGAGAUGGUAUGAUUAUAUCUGUUUCUGUAUAAUAUGCUGCUGAUUGCUUACAGCAAAUAUCCCUAAAUUUCAAUGUAAGGUUUUCCCUGGCAUGGAGAUCUACAUGAAAGAUGGGUCAGGAGCUGUACAUAAAUACUGAAUAUAUCAGCAUUUGGUUUUCAGCAAUAUGUUUAUCUAAAGAAUAUAAUUGUAUGCAAAUGAUGUAAUAUAUUUUCUUGGGUAUGGAAAUCCAGGGCUGCACAACCUUAAAGCUGAGGGAUAGAAUAUCAUCAUUAAUAUUAGUAGAUGCAAAAUGCAGCCAGAUGUCUUUAGUAUUAAGAUGAUCAAUGAUAGGUAUAUUACAGUUCUGCUUCUGAUAAGAUUUUUUGUAGCUCAUUUAAAUCCACAUGCUGUUACUGUUAUUGUUCUGUAAACAAAUGUUUUUAAGGCAUUAACUGGGCUUUUAUGUUUAUGGUUUUUUUUUUUUUUUUUAGCUAAAACCUAUUGCUGAAGCAUUAGCUUAGUGAUGAAAAGAAAAGAGCUGACUUUGUUAUACUGUAGUGGAUAUCAGUGAAUGUGCAAUUCAUCAGUUCUGGUUUCACCACAAAAUGGUUUACAUGUGCUGUACACCCAGAUGUCUUAAUGUUUUCCAAAUCUUGAUAUUUUUCAAAUGUAUUGUGUAUAUUUUCUUGUGUGUUUUCUAUACAUAUCUAUGUACAUUAAUAUGUCUGUACAAAGUCAUUGGUACAAUUUGCAAAUUGAUCUUUAUUUAAACAAGUUCUUUGAAUAAGCUGUUUCCAACACUAUGUAUGAUCCACAUAGUCUUAGGAAUAAACAAAGGAUACUAAGCUACAUUUUUGUUAUUUAACUUUAAAAUAUAUCUAGUAUCUCUAUGUAUGUGAAAGAUGAGAGUCGAGAUUCACAUGCAAGGAUUGCUUGCUCAUAUGUAUUAAAAUUUAUGGAUUAAGACAAUAAAAGGAUUACUGUGUUUGAAUUCCCGUGAGAGCACACGUUGCUAUCUACAGUUUACUCUGUAAUUAUUGUAUCUGCUGUGACAUUUUGCCUGAAUAAACAUUAAAGUGCUCCUAUAGUCCAUA